CGCGGCUCUCCUGCCUCUGCAACCUUCCGCCGACCAUAUAAGGAGAGGCAGCUGCCGGGGGCGUCACUCACCAGGAUCUAAAGAUAGUGACCCCGGACUCGGAUUCCCAACGCCACUGGGCUGCGGGGGGCCGCCAUGGCACGGCAGCAUGCCCGGACCCUGUGGUAUGACAGGCCCAGGUACGUGUUCAUGGAGUUUUGUGUUGAGGACAGCACCGAUGUCCACGUGCUCCUAGAAGACCACCGCAUUGUGUUCAGCUGCAAGAAUGCGGAUGGAGUGGAGUUGUACAAUGAGAUUGAGUUCUAUGCCAAGGUGAACUCCAAGGACUCCCAGGAUAAGCGCUCUUGCCGCUCCAUUACUUGCUUUGUGAGGAAAUGGAAGGAGAAAGUGGCCUGGCCCCGGCUCACCAAGGAGGAUAUCAAGCCAGUGUGGUUGUCUGUGGACUUUGAUAACUGGAGAGACUGGGAAGGGGAUGAAGAGGUGGAGCUGGCUCAGGUGGAACAUUACGCAGAGCUUUUGCAGAAGGUCAGCACCAAGAGACCUCCCCCUGCCAUGGACGAUCUGGAUUUCACCACCACCGUGGUCUCCUGCCGGCCCGCGGAGCUGCAGACCGAAGGAAGCAAAGGCCACAAGGACGUGCUGAGCGGUUUCCAAGUGGUGCUGGAAGACACGCUGCUUUUCCCCGAGGGCGGGGGGCAGCCUGAUGACCGUGGCACGAUCAAUGGCAUCUCUGUGCUGAGAGUGACCCGCCGGGGGGCCGAGGCUGACCAUUUCACACAGACACCCUUGGCGCCUGGGACUGAGGUCCACGUCCAGGUGGACUGGGAGCGGAGGUUUGACCACAUGCAGCAGCAUUCAGGGCAGCAUCUCAUCACAGCGGUUGCUGAUCAUCUGUUUGGGCUGAAGACAACGUCAUGGGAGUUAGGGCGACUCCGGAGUGUGAUUGAGCUGGAUAGCCCCUCUGUGACUGUAGAGCAAGUAGCUGCCAUUGAGCAGAACGUCAAUGAGAAAAUCAGAGACCGGCUGCCGGUGAAUGUGCGAGAACUGAGCCUAGAUGAUCCUGAGGUGGAGCAGGUGAGGGGCCGGGGUUUGCCAGAUGACCAUGCUGGGCCCAUUCGAGUUGUUACCAUCAAGAAUGUUGAUUCCAACAUGUGCUGUGGGACCCAUGUGAGCAAUCUUAGUGACCUUCAGGUCAUUAAAAUUCUGGGCACUGAGAAGGGGAAAAAGAACAAAACCAACCUGGUAUUUCUGGCUGGGAACCGCGUGCUGAAGUGGAUGGAGAGAAGUUAUGGAACUGAAAAAGCAUUGACCACUCUGCUUAAGUGUGGAGCAGAGGAUCACGUGGAAGCCGUGAAAAAGCUGCAGAACGCCACCAAGCUCCUGCAGAAGAACAACCUGAAUCUGCUGAGAGACCUGGCUGUGCACAUUGCCCACAGCCUCAGGAACAGCCCAGAAUGGGGGACGUGUGGUGACGUUACACAGUGCAUAGUGGGUGGCGGGCCACUCACUGGUAUUCUCAAGGCUGGGAAGGAGGGCGAUUCUGAGUUCAUGAAUAUCAUUGCCAAUGAGAUUGGGUCAGAGGACACCCUCCUGUUCUUAACUGUGGGCGAUGAGAAAGGCGCUGGGCUCUUCUUACUGGCAGGGCCAGCUGAGGCCGUAGAGACCCUGGGACCCAGGGUGGCUGAGGUGCUGGAGGGCAAAGGCGCAGGGAAGAAGGGCCGCUUUCAGGGCAAGGCCACCAAGAUGAGCCGGCCGGAGGCGCAGGUGCUUCUCCAGGACUACGUCCGCACGCAGGAGUGCUGA